GAUGACUAUCUAAUUGAAAAUCCUGUAUACUUCUGGAAUAAUCUUCAAAAUGAGGUACCAGAAAUGGCUAUUUUUGCUACUCGAAUUAUGUUUAUACCACCUAUAUUAGCUAAAACUCAAGAAAAAAAUUGUUCAAAUCAUAUUCAAAAUAAAAACAUAAAUAAUUUUAAACAAAUUGUUCAAAUUAAUACACCUAAUUCUAAUGAAAUAUGUUAUGACAAAAUUAUAUCUAAUAUCGAAUUUAAUGAUAUAGACAAUAUUAAUAAUAAUUUAAAACAAUUUGAGGAGGAAGAUGUAAUACAAAUGAUUGCAAAUAUUAACAAUUUCAAUACUAAUGAUCAAAUUAUUUAUAAUGAAGUAAUAAUCGAAUCUUCCAUUCAAGCUACAUAUAAUAAUCACGAAGCAACAUUAGAAAACUG